CCUCGGUGCGCAACCAGUUCACCAUACGCUGAGAACCGUACGCCUCCAAGGGUGCAAAAACUAUUACAUAUAUGCCACGUCGUGUUGUUUGUGAAGGGCGGGAGCAGCAUGUUGAGGAGGAAACACAGAACAGCUGCAGAGGGAUCGGCUGGAAGGUGCUCUUCCUGGCUCAUCGUUCAGAUGAGAUGCAGCGGUAAAUAAUGAUCAUCCAUCUCCAGUGAAGGCAGCCGAACAGUCCCGGUAGUCUAUCGCUUCACAGUUGAAAAAAUUCACGAGAGACACAAAUUGUAGACCCUCCUGCUCUUCGCCAUCAGCAUGCGGUGACUGGGGUCUGAAGACCCACUGUGUCCGGCAGCAGAAGGCAGCUUAGAUGAAGGAUGAAGAGCCCAGUGCACAGAUACAGGGACGUAGAGCAUGGGCGUGGUCAUUCCGGGGAUAAGGCAGGAGUAAACUGCCUACAGGCUGGGCAGCAAAUCCCCAUUUCCAAAGAUGUUAUCACUUCCUCCUCUGCCUCUGCCAUGUGGUUCAUCUGGGAUGCCUGCGGCAUAGUGUGUGGGGUCAUCACCUGGCUGCUGGUGUUGUAUGCCGAGUUUGUGGUGCUGUUUGUAAUGCUGCUGCCCUCCAAGAGUCUAACUUACUGCAUUAUGAAUGGGACUUUGUUCAACACACUUGCCUUCCUUGCCCUCUCCUCACACCUCAGAGCCAUGUGCACUGAUCCUGGGGCCGUACCUAAAGGGAAUGCUACUAAGGAAUACAUAGAAAGCCUUCAGUUGAAACCAGGGCAGGUGGUCUACAAAUGUCCAAAGUGCAGCAGCAUCAAGCCUGACCGAGCACACCACUGCAGUGUUUGCAAACGCUGUAUACGGAAGAUGGACCAUCACUGCCCCUGGGUCAAUAACUGUGUUGGGGAGAGCAACCAAAAGUACUUUGUGCUUUUCACAAUGUAUAUUGCACUCAUCUCUCUCCAUGCUCUGGUCAUGGUGGUCUUCCAUUUCCUCUAUUGCUUUGAAGAUGAUUGGACAAAGUGCAGCUCCUUCUCUCCCCCUGCAACAGUCAUCCUCCUCAUAGUCUUGUGCUUUGAGGGUCUCCUCUUCCUCAUCUUCACCUCUGUGAUGUUUGGCACCCAAGUCCAUUCCAUCUGUACCGAUGAGACCAAUGGUACCUUUAUAUUUAAAAACCAGACUGGACAAAGUAAACACCUUUUGAGUUUUUAUAACAACUGAAGGAUACCACAGGUUCUUUUUCACGUUUGGAGGUGAGAGGCAUUCAGGUGCAACAUGCAACCACUAGAUAUCACUAAAUUCUACAGACUGAACCUUUAUUAUUUUUAAUAAUGCAGGAAGUUAGAGGUUUCCCUGCACAAUUUACAUCUGUCCUAUCCAAGCAAAAUUGGUAUUUCACAAUGAAGUAUCCUGAACUGAAUCGAUAUAUUGAACGAAUUGAAAAUCAAAUCAAAUCAAUAUCUUGUGAAUAGGAAUUGAAUCGGUUUGGCAAAUCACUGCCGAUACCCAGCCUUAGUCGAGAAAUUACUAAUGUAUUUGGGAACUGUCAAGAAAAGGUAUAAUAGGUGUAUUGUUGCGGUGCCAAAAGGAUCAGUGAAAAAUCAUAGUUGCACUUAACUAAUGUGCUGGUGCACCAGUGCAAUCAGAGUAAAAUUUUAGUCUGGAGCCCUUAUCUUAAUCGCAAUAUAAUGGCCUUUUGGAGUUUUCACAGCAGUCUGUGACAUCGACAUAUGGCAGCUAUCAACUACUUGAUAAUACAUCUCCUGGGUUCCAAUGUAAUUACUGAGAUAUGAUGACCUGAGUCGUAACCAACCAGAAUUUAAAUUAAGUAUUCUGUGAAUAUCGUGUGAAGACUAUGUCCACUUUGUCACAAAUGGUAAUGGGAAAUGGUCUGUAUUUUUGUGGCUCUUUUAUAGUCAUGACCACUCAAAGCUCUUUACAUUACAGUUUUGACAUCAACCCAAUUAAACACAUUCACACAGUGCAUAUAUGUGCAGAACUAUCAAACAAUUAUACACUCCCAGUACAGCCGUUACAGACAAUUUGAGGUUCAGAAGCUAGCCCAAGGCACACGGAAUGGGGGAUACAGGGAUCUUCUGGUUAGUGGAUGACCUGCUAAACCUCCUGAGCAACAACCACCCCCUUCAGACAACAGAAGUAGAUCAAUAUAUCACUAGAAGCCUGAAUUACUUGGCUUUUGGCACAGUGGUUUCCCUUCCCUCAUAUUUAGCAGUUUGAAUGAAGUGAUAUUUUCAUUUCGAUUUAUUGACAGGGUCUCAAAAGCACACCUACUGAAGUUUGGUUAUCUUUC